GGUGAGUUGCUCGUAUCAAAAUGAGGGGUACCUGGUGUAUUGCAGUGGUCAGCGUCACGCUGUGGGCAGCCUUUGCCGCAGCGGACAGGUGCCAGUACUCGUGCAGCAAACAGGAGCGCAGCAACUACGAGUGCGGAUGGUGGGGAUGGAAACGCUGCAGCAGAUACAGGAGCGUCCCCAGCACCUGCUACAGAGACUGCACAAAUGGCCAGUGGAGCGCUUUCUCAUCGUGGGAAGCGACCAGCACGUGCUCUCAUACUUGUGGGGGAGGGGAGAUAACCGAGCAGAGAACCCGCCAGUGUAACAACCCCGCUCCAAGCAACGGCGGCAGACAGUGUGAAGGCGAGACGUCGGAGACGAAGACCAGCACGUGCAACACUCACCCCUGCCCAAUUGCCGGUGGGUGGAGCGCCUGGACGGAGUGGACCCCAGUUGACGAGUGCCCGGCGCUGUGCGGAGGGGGGAAGGCGGAUCUGACCCGCUCCAGGACCUGUACCAACCCCUCCCCACAGUAUGGCGGAGCGGACUGUGUCGGUCAAGCGACCCAGACUUCCAUAAUGGGCGACUGCAAUGUGGACUCGUGUGCUGAUAUCUGUGCCCCUGGCAACCCAACAGUCGUGCAUCACGAGACCAGAGAACACCUCUACUACGAGUGUGACGAGGCCGGUGACGUGGCCUACCUGGAGGAGUGCCCCGACUUCUCCACCUUCAGCCCCAUUGCGGAGACGUGUACGCCACUGCCGUGCAACAUCAUGGACGGCCUGUAUCAGACGUUCCCUGGCGACUGUCGCAAAUACUUCAUGUGCCUGGCGGGUACUCGCACUAUUGACCUAGUGUGCCCCUCUGGCCAGGUGUUCAACGGCGACACCCGCAUCUGUGACGACCCCGCCACCACCCAGAUAUGCGGCAUGUAAUCUACAACAUCAAUGCACUUGACAACACACAUGUAAAUAAUAAUAAACAAUAAACUUGUAUAACCUUCA